AUGGUAUGGCCAUUUGGAGCAUCGGGCUCUGGACGCGACAAAAACAAUGACGAGCCAAAGAAGAGGCCGCUCUCGUGGCCCGAAUCCCUAGGCGCGGCGGACCGGGACCCCUUCGCGGCGGCCAAAGAAUGGGCGCCAAUGGUCCUGUUCUCGCUUGUCGGCCUCGGCGCGUUGCAGCUAUACGCCAAUUACCUCCGUCGGAUACCAGGAUCAGCGUACGUCCGACCGAACUUCUUCCGGAGCAGGAGCUUGUUCGGAAGAGUCACGAGCGUCGGCGAUGGUGACAACUUUCACUUGUUUCACACGCCGGGCGGGCGGGCUGUCGGCUGGGGCUGGUUACGAAAAGUGCCGGAAUCGAGGAAGGAGCUCAAGGAUCGCACGGUUUGUACCCCUUGGCCGACGCUGAGCAUUCCCAUACGCCUCGCUGGUGUCGACGCCCCCGAGGGUGCCCACUUUGGGCGUCCAGCGCAACCAUUCAGCGGAGAGGCGCUCAAGUGGCUCUCCGACUACAUCCUGCACCGCAACGUGCGAGCAUACAUCUACAAGCGAGACCAAUACAACCGCAUCGUGGCGACUGUGUACGUCAGACGAUUCCUGGUGCGGCGGAAUGUGGGCCUCGAGAUGGUGAAGCGUGGGCUCGCGACAACGUACGAGGCCAAGUCAGGAGCCGAAUUUGGCGGUUUAAAGGCAGUCUACGAGAAGGCCGAGGCGAAGGCGAAGAGGAAGCGGCAGGGCAUGUGGUCGGGCAAGGCGAGCGCAUUCGAAAGCCCGAGAGAGUACAAGACACGUUGGGCAGGCCAGCAGAAAAUCGACGAGUGA